CAAUUGAUUGUUGUUCCUAGAAUGCAAUCAUUACUCAUCUGAUUCUUGAAUAAACUCUCGUAUUGUUAUCUAUAAUUUUUCUAUCUGCAAACUGAAUAUCGAACUAAUCACUGUGUCGAGUUCACAGAAGCAUUCGUGAUAAAGUUCUUCUCGCAGACGGUUAUGCAUCGACCGGGUUUUAUUCUGUUGAUUGAAAUAGUGAUUAUUUCAUCGAUUCAAUGUCAAUUUCGAGGAAAUUAUGACGUUAAUAAAAUAUCUGCCGAAGUGGUUGAACGACUUCAAUCGAAUAAUUUGACUAAUAAUAUUCCAGUGGAUGUGGUUAAUGUGAUUCGCGAAGUUCGACCGGAGAACGUAAUUAAAGCUAAUGCAAUAGGAAAUUUAAAUCGCACAGUUCAAGAAUGGAUCGUAAAUGACACAAAAUGUGACACACAAUUUUCAAUAUUCGUUAAUGGAGUUAUGACUUCUGAACUGUGGGCCCUAAAAAUGGUGGAUUCUUCUUCGAAAAUUCCCUCAGGAAAUUUGAUCGGAAAUAUGAAAGAUCUGGGUUUCUAUGACGAAUGUGUGUCGGUCGAGGUGACGAGAAACCAGGAAGUCAUCCGGGGACGUCACUGCAUGUACUCACUAUCUAUUAGAGUUCCAAACACAACCGUAUCACUACGCUCCACAAUGUCUAUUUGCCUACCUGCAGCUUGUGAUAGCGACCACGUGGGACAAUUGGUCCAGAAUGCAGUGAAUGCUACAUCGGGUUAUCACGACUUUGAACUUGAACUUAAAUCAGCAACAUGCUCUGCUGUAGAUCCUCCACCGUGGGAAAAUGGUGACAUUAUUGCCAUAUCGAUACUAACAAUUUUUGUGGGAUUUUUAAUUUUCUGCACAAUUUGCGAUAUUCUUCGAGUCAAGGAAUGUCGUAUCUUCGAGAAUAAUGUUAUCAGUGAGUUAUCGAAAUUUUCGUUGUACACUAAUGGCAAACGUGUACUGGAUACAACUGUUCCACGGGGGACACUUCCAGCGAUUCAGGGGAUACGUUUUUUUAGCAUGUGCUGGGUAAUAAUCGGUCAUGAAUAUGUGACCCUCCCUUUGGGAGCUGUGACAAAUAUGGUCGAUAUCGGAGAGUGGAUUACUUCCUGGGGAGCUUUGUACAUUCUCAUCGCGCCUUUUGCCGUCGACACUUUUUUCGUACUCAGCGGCUUCCUGACGUCUUAUCUCUUCCUCAAGGAAACUUCUGGGGGUCGGAAGUUUAACGUCAUAAUGUACUACGUGCACAGAUACGUUCGACUCACUCCAGCUCUAGGCGCACUUUUGCUGUUGACUAUUUACGUUUUUCCACGAAUAGGAUCGGGUGCUUUGUGGGAGACAAGUGUCGUUACCCAGAGGCACUUGUGCUCGAAAAAUUGGUGGCCAAUGUUGCUUUAUGUUCAUAAUUAUGUCAAUACUGAUUACAUGUGGUGUCUCGGACACACGUGGUACCUGGCUGUGGAUAUGCAGUUUUUCUGGAUAUCUCCAUUGAUUUUGUAUCCGAUGGUUAAAAAAUCUAAACUGGGCGUCAUCAUCCUUCUUGCAUUUGUAAUCGCAUCGGUAAUUACACCCGCUGUUAUAGCCGCGGAAAACCAAUUCUCAGGAAGUCUAUUUACCCUUUCAAAUUUACCAAAAAUACAAGACACAAUGCUGCACUUCUACGUAACAAGUUACACAAGAGCUGGCCCAUGGCUGUUGGGCAUCACCCUCGGUUGGGUUCUCUCAAAAAGGCAGUUUCCACCCCCCCAAAAAUUGAUGUACUGCGGUUGGAUCUUAACGAUUUUGAUGUUCGCAUUCGCAUUUUUCACGUACAGAAUUUUUCAAAGCCCUGGGUACGAGUGGAACCCCCCGUGGGAGGUGUUCUACGCGGCUUUGGGACGACACAUCUGGGCCUUCAGCAUUUGCUGGAUAAUUUAUGCAUCAGCACUGGGCUACGGUGGUGUUCUCAGUAAAUUCCUGUCGCUACCGAUCUUCAUUCCCUUCGGCAGAAUAUCUUAUUCUAUUUAUCUAGUGCAUUUUAUCUUAUUGAUCAUGAAAAUUGGUGCCAUAAGAACCCCCACGUAUUUCAGUGACUUCCGGAUAAUUUAUACAUUUUUUGGAGACUUUGUGAUAUGCACUUUUGGGGGAUUUAUUUUUAGUCUUUUGUUUGAAUCCCCUUUUAUGGUUAUCGAGAAAUUAUUUUUUGGUAACAGACGUAUUCACCAAAGACACGAGACGAAAGAGAUAUUUGAGGAGCGAGAAGUGUCUGCGAAAAAUGAUAUCCAGAGAGAAAUUAUUUAAAAAAAUUUCAGUGCUCGUAACUGAAAUUUUUAUUGUCUUUCAAUAUUGCCCUUCACCGGAGUUAUUAUAAAAUGAAUAUAUUUUUGUAAAAAAAUAAAAAAAUGUGUACAAAAUG